AUCAACCUUGGCGAUCGACGAAAUGAUCUUGACCUUGAAUAGAAAACGAGUUCAUCUUUUCUCGGAAGGAAAGGAAUUUUCUAGCGUGCGACAUCAACAGGCAUAAAUUUCAGGAUUUGUCUCUUCAGUAACAUUCCUGAUGUCGUCCCACUCACCCUGGAUUUUGCUUUUGGCGGCGAUCAUUUGUCCCGCCCUCAUCCAUGCGGACUUAUGUUGGAAACCAGGUUCCAAUCCAUUCUACGGUCAACCCAAAGCCUUGCGAGUCGAUCUCGAACACGUUCAUUUAGAGUGGGCGCACAUAUUUGGUGGAUCAGGCUGUCAAAAUGUGGACUUCAUGAUCAAAUCCCAUCCCCGAUUCAAACCCUCCCAAUACAAACUGUCGGAUUUUACGCUGAAAGCCCAACGAUCCGCUCUGGUGAAGGUGGAAAAGGGUGUCGACUACGUGUUUCAGAUCAUUGCUCGUGAAAACAAGGGACCGCAAUUAGGAAUCGAUUACAAAUAUUCGCCCAUGGUAACAAGCUACGCCACAGACUUUCAAGGACCUUCCGUCCAAAUACACUCAUCUCAAAAUGGACCUCCGAUUACCCAUGAAACCACGAGAGUCGUUCCCCCGCAAACCCCGUCAGCUUAUCAGAAGCCUCAAACACGAGCCUUGACGCCUCGAGACCAAUCAGAGGACACUCAAUCACCAGCCUCGUCCUUGUCCAAAUUGGAUCACUGCCUCCCGGUCUUGAAUGACUUGAACGGAUUUGGCCACGGGUCCCAACGUCAGAAGGACCGAAUCAUCGUCAAUUUCAUCCGCUACAUGAAUCGACAGCCCUUUCAGUUGGUUCAAGACUUCCUAGCCACCAAAAAGGGAUGCGAUGCCAGUCAUCACAAAGGAUAUCUCCGGACUUGCCAAGGUCAAACCCGAUGUUGCUCCUCGCCCUGGUCUUCGUGCGAGGAGACGGGGGCCCAAUCGUCGUGCUCCGUGGAUUUUGCCAACUGUGAUGGGCGAUGCAUUCCCCAGAAAUGGGUGGGAGAUGGAUGGCCCGAUUGCUUGGACGGGUCCGACGAAAUCUCAUUGCAAUCGGAAGACCGACAUCAAUAUCGGGCGUUCUCACAAGAUCUGACUUGCUUGCAUUGCUCGGCCGUGGUGUUGAGCUCGAUUUCCAUGUGCUCCAAUUCGGGUCAAGGAGUGUCCCACGAGUGUGUCGAGGACAUGAUGGGUUCCGGAGGAUGUAAUGACUGUAUUCAAGACUUCCUGCCCCAUGAAUAAAAAACGAAAACCAAUCAGUC